UCUUUCUCACACAUUCACACACUAGAUGAAAGAUCAAAUGGAGCCAGCAGAGAAAGAAUCAAUCAAAGCAGCAGCAGAAGAUAUCUGCAGAGAAUUCAAAACCCUUGUCAAUUCUGAGGAUUUGGAUUCCGUCAGGCAAUUACAGCACCUCAUAUUGGGACGACUACAGGACAGCAAUGCGGUUCUUUCACAUUUUAAUGAGUAUUCAGAGCAUUGCUUUGCAGAGGUCUCAGCUGAUUUCUCUAGGAAUACACGUCUCCUAAAAUCAAUGAAGUCAGACCUCGAUUACAUAUUUCAAAAGUUAAGGAGCAUGAAAGCGAAGAUCUUGGCUACCUAUCCUGAUGCAUUUCCAGAUGAUUCAACAAUAGAAGAACUUGAUAGAAGACCAGACCUUGAACUUCCUCAGUAAACUUUGGUCUGAGCAAGCUUUCUUGCUUUUUCAUUUGUCUCACAUUCUUUCUUAUGGCAGGGCGCUUCAGGAAAGACUGAUCAUGUUGAGUUCAUGUAAAUUAGUGGCAUAUCUAUAUCAUGUAUCUUUUCUUUCUUUUAGAUGACUACAUAAUGUGAUUCACUUUGCAAUAGCAUUCUAUAUGUCACCACAAUUUACUGUCUAAUAGUUUAAGGUAAUGCUAGGUUUGAUACGAAAGAUUUUACAGUUUCAAAGUCUUGACUUGCCAAAGUUUUGCAGACUUUCACAAGUACAAUUGCUAGGGCGGGUGUCAUUUUUUUGUCA